GUAGGACAUCGGGUCUGCCAUAUCGGCCUUUUGCUGUGGCUGAGAGAUAGGCGACGAGAGUAAUGAAAGGGAUCCGAGCUCUAAGUCAUCUCUCCAGACGAUGCUACGCAGCUGGGAGGAGCGGUGCCCUGACAGAGCCCUUGGCUGGCCUGAAGGCUGGGGUUCCCCUUCCUCCCCAGAGUGCCCAGGUGUCCAAGCUACCUAAUGGUCUAGUGAUAGCGUCGCUGGAGAACAACUCGCCCGUGUCCAGUGUUGGUGUGUUUGUGAAAGCUGGCAGUCGUUAUGAGGCAGUGGAGAACCAGGGAGUCUGUCACAUCCUGCGCUUGGCAGCCAACUUGACCACUAAGGGGGCAUCUGCUUUUAGGAUCUGUCGUGGUGUGGAGGCGGUGGGGGGUGGUCUGAGUGUAAGGUCAUCGAGGGAGACCAUGGUUUACUCUGUGGAGUGUUUGAGAGACCACGUAGACACAGUUAUGGAGUACCUUAUCAAUGUGACCACAGCCCCAGAGUUCCGGCCGUGGGAGGUGAACGACCUGACCUCCAGGGUGAAAGUGGACAAGGCCCUUGCCCACCAGUGUCCACAGAUAGGUGUAAUUGAGAAAUUACAUGAAGCUGCUUACAAAAACGCCCUGUCCAACUCCCUGUACUGUCCUGACUACAUGAUUGGCAAAGUCACUAGUGAAGAGCUGCUGUCCUUUGUCAAUGACAAUUUCACCAGUGGAAGAAUGGCUUUAGUCGGACUAGGUGUGAAGCACUCUGUGCUGCAGCAGGUAGGAGAGCAGUUCCUCAGUGUCCGCACUGGUGCUGGAUCCCCUGGGGCCAAGGCUAUAUACCGUGGAGGUGAGCUACGGGUGCAGAACGGAGACAGUCUGGUCCACACACUGAUCACCAGUGAGGGAGCUGUGACUGGCUCAGCGGAGGCCAAUGCCUUCAGUGUCCUGCAAAGGGUUUUGGGAGCUGGUCCACAUGUCAAGAGAGGCUCCAAUGCCACCAGUAAACUGAGCCAGGGAAUUGCCAAGGCAACCACACAGCCCUUUGAUGCCACUGCAUUCAAUGUCACAUACAGUGACUCCGGUCUCUUUGGAAUCUACACCAUCGCCCAAGACGAAUCUGCAGGAAGGGUGAUCAAAGCCGCACUUGCUCAAGUGACAGGUGUUGCCCAGGGUGGUGUAUCCGAAGAGGAUGUCACAAGAGCAAAGAACCAGUUGAAAGCAGACUACCUGAUGUCCAUAGAGAGUUCUGAAGGCAUGUUGGAGGAGAUGGGAGCUCAGGCCCUAUCCAAUGAAGCAUACCUUGCGCCAGACACUGUGACCCAGAGCAUUGACUCUGUCAGCCUCGUAGACGUUGUCAACGCUGCAAAAAAGUUUGUGGACGGUAAGAAAUCAAUGGCAGCUAGCGGUCACCUGGCCAACACACCUUUUCUGGAUGAAUUGUGAAAAGAAACCAACAAUACAACAAAACUGUAAACAUUGUGAUCUGAUUUUGCCUAGCUGUGUUCUCCAGAAUAAAUAAAAAUCUGGCUCUGAUAUGCAAAUUACUACUUCUCAAAGCAAAUGAUAAUCCUUUGUUGUCACCAAUCAUUUUGAAUUGAAAAAGAACAACAGUAAAAAAAAAAUGUCAAUUUCACUGUAUAUGUAAUGUAAAUUCAUUAAAUGGUCUAUAUACAUUAA